AACAAUCCAAUAACAGGUUUACAAGGAGUCUUGACUAUCAGCGGUAAUAGAUCACUGGUUCUUCUCAAUGGAACACAGAGCAUUGUCAGGUCAUCUAACCUGUCAAAAGUCGAAGAAGGUCCUGUGGCACGGCUCUUAGAUUAUGGAAAUCUUGUUCUGUUUGGCAAGACAGAAACAAAUUCUGAUAGUUUCCUAUGGCAGAGCUUUGAUUUCCCGUGCAAUAUGCGGAUACCUGACCUAAAGAUGGGAGAGAACAACAGAACAAGUCUAGAUCAGUACUUGACAUCAUGGAAAAGCGGUGACGAUCCGUCUCCGGGAGAGUUUAUUUACAGAGUUGAUAAUCAUGGGUUGCCUCAACUAGUACUUAGAAUGGGAUCAAUAAAAAAGUAUCGGUCCGGGGUAAAACUCACAUUCUUUAAUCUUCCCUUGUACAACAAUCCGGCAUUUAAAACAAUGUUGGAGUUCAACAACAAUAGAUUGAUAUAUAUCUAUGAACCAUACAACAGCUCUGUCUUUACAAGAUUAACACUAAACGAGUCAGGGUUGCUUCAACGCUAUAUACUGAACAAAAAGAACACUUGGGAUCUUAUGUUCACAGUUCCACGUGACCUGUGUGACAGUUAUGGAUAUUGUGGUCCUAAUGGUAUUUGCAGAAUCUACAAAUCACCGUUGUGCGAGUGUUUGAAGGGGUUCAUUCCAAAAUCCCAACAAGAAUGGGAUGUUCUUGAUUGGUCCAGUGGAUACAUAAGAAGCGUGCCAUUAGAUUGCCAGAAUGGACAAGGGUUUGUGAAGGUUGUACAGGUCAAGUUGCCUGACCUGUUGGAGUUUCGGUUAAACAUAGGUAUGAGCAUCAAGGAAUGUGAGGAGGAGUGUUUGAAGAACUGUUCUUGUAUAGCUUAUGCUAAUUCAAACAUUAGUGGAGGUGGCAGUUGUUGUUUGAUGUGGUUUGGGGAUCUGAUUGACACCAGGGAGAGCUUCCAAGACAAUAGUGACCAAGAUAUCUACAUACGCUUGCCAGCUUCAGCAAUAGAUUCAAUUCAUGAUUCAAAUAAUAAGAAAAGACUUGUGAAGAUCUUACUGCUAUCAGCAACUUUAGGAAUACUUACCUUGGGCACAGUAUGUGCGUGCAUAAUAAUGAAGAUAAAAGCAAAGAGAAGAGGUAAGCAUUCCUUAUCCACUAAAUAUUCCUCUAAUAAUUGUUUCUGAGUUAAAUCAAAGAUCCCAAACAUUAAACUAUUACAUAAAAAUCAUGUAUAAAGCAUUUCCCUAGAAAAAAGGUUAACCAAACUAGCCCUGUUAACAGCUCUAAACGGGA